CUACUUCAGCCAGACCUUAAGAUUGUUGGAGGAGGACCCCACUGUGUACUGUGUGAGUGCUUGGAAUGACCAGGGUUAUGAACACACCAGCACAGACCCGGCUCUCCUCUACCGUGUGGAGACCAUGCCAGGCCUGGGCUGGAUCCUUAAACGCUCUCUCUAUAAGGAUGAACUUGAGCCCAAGUGGCCCACACCAGAAAAGAUGUGGGAUUGGGACAUGUGGAUGCGUUUAGGCGAGGUGCGGCGUGGCAGAGAAUGUAUUGUACCUGAUGUUUCUCGCACCUACCACUUUGGCUCAUCAGGACUGAACAUGAACUCCUAUUUUCAAGACACCUAUUUUAAGAAGCAUUCCUUCAACACUCUGCCUUAUGUUGAGCUGCGGGACCUGGACAGCUUGAAGAAGGACGCAUAUGAGGAGUUGAUAACAGACAUGUUACGUCGGGGAACGGUGCUGGACCAUUCACAGAAUCCUUGUGAAGAAAACUUUGUGCCGGACACCACAGGUCACACAUACCUCCUCUUUAUUCAAAUGGACCACCACAAAGAUUAUUCCACCUGGCUGCAAGUAGCCAAGUGCUUACGUAUAUGGGACCUUGACGGGCGAGGUUACCACCAUGGCUUGUGGAGACUUAACAUCAAAUCGAACCCUCUUCUCAUAGUGGGCGUGCCGUUCUCGCAGUAUUCGACGUUCAAGCCCACAGAUCUGAAGCCUUUAUUUAUGGAGGUGCCGGAUAAGGAAAAGGACAAAACUAAAGUGAAGGAGAAGAAUUUAGUACAUAGAUAACAGUUGGCUGUGAUGGUAUUAGAGCCAAAUGUUCCAGUACUAUACCAUUGGAUGUCCUGUUGUUCGUGGUCCCCUCGUAUACGAAGCCAACGCAAGUGCAGGAAAAUACGACAGUGCAUCCCCAAACAAAGUUUAGUCACAAAAAGAAGAGAAGUGACAUAGAACUCUAAGAAAUUUAUGCUUUUAUUCUUUUAAGUGGAAAAAUAUCGUACUGUAGUAUUGAAAAAUUAAGAGAAAAGUGCUAAAGUAUUUUUAUUAUAUUUGAUGAGGGCGAUACUAUACAGAGACCAAAUUCAAUAUUAAGUGAAUGAACUGCCCUCUGCUAGUGGUAACAUAAUCGUGUUAAAUUUUUUCCAUCAAUAUUAUUUAGAUAUUGAAGUUAUGAUAUGUACUGUAGAGUACAUUUGCACUGUACAGUAUUGUUAUGUGAACUGAGUUGUUGUGAGAAUGUGUGAAAUGUGUUGGGGAAAAACUUAUGAAAAUCAACCCUGAAAAUUUUAUCUUUUAAGACUCCAUAAUGUUAUUAAUUUUUUUAAUCGUUUUUGAGUUUUGAUAUAAUAUUUAUUUUAUCCAAUUUAAUAUUUUUCUCCAUUGCAAACACCACGAGCACUGUGGAAGACGAUGGUCAGACUUAAGAGCAACACAGACUCUUACUUAGUCUUGAACCAUGUCUCGGUGCUUGAAGGACUUCAGUCACCAUCAGUAAUAUGGGUCACAAGCACCAAAAAUAUAGUUAUGAAAGUGAAAUAAGGAAGAAAUGUUGCCAUAUAAUUUCCCUAAUAGUACCAUUUAGUUGUUUAUUAUUGUUUUAUUCAGAUUAAUGAAAUUUGUGGGGAUUUUGUACUGGUAUUUACCACACUGUUUACUAGUAUGUACAUACCAUUAAAUGCCAUAUUUAUUGUGUGAAAACGAAAAAUAAUAUUGAAAUGUUAAUUUGUGCUUGAUCGCCAGUGACCCAUAAUGAAACUUGUUUUUCAUUGUCUUUUACAAAUAUUUGAGUACACAUUUUGAGUGUUUCAGUACAUCAAACUUUUCAAAACAUACAAUAGUCAUUUUGGUACAUAUUUACUUAUAUUUUGUUUUGUUUAUUGUUCAGGUAUGAUUAAAGAAGAGUUGUAAAUCAUUAAGUGUAUGUAGUGUGUGACUCCCAUAGAGGUACAUUAACACUGAACCAGUCAAGAGUAAAAAAUGGAAUGCCUUAACAAAUAUUUUGUGUACAUUAUCUUACGUGGUUCAAAAAUGAGAACUGAAUUCAGAUACCAAAGUCAUUCCAGUAUGAGAAGUGUUCUCUAAUAAACACUUAAUUGUCAAGCAUUUAAAUGUUUGCUUUAGUAUGUAUAUGGUUGUUUAAGUACAGAUGGGUAGAGUGUAGUAGUGGGGAAUGUUCCAUACUUACUUUAUGUUGUACUGUAUAUAUAUAUAUAUAUAUAUAUAUAUAUAUAUAUAUAUAUAUAUAUAUAUAUAUAUAUAUAUAUAUAUAUAUAUAUAUAUAUAUAUAUAUAUAUAUAUAUAUAUAUAUAUAUAUAUAUUUUGUUACUUUUAUCUGCAUUGAAGAAAUGAGUUGCUGGUUAAUGGCUCCAGUAUAUGAAGGUUGUUAUUAUGUCUUCAUAAUUCUUGUUUGUGUCAGGAAGUUUGAAAGGUGUACAGUUGUUAAUGAAUACUGUAUUUGACACUAACUUGCCUUGUUAGAUGAAUAUCCUGAGAGGAAUGUGGGUUAAUGUGCAUUCAAGAAUGAAUGAAGUGAAUAUUUUGUACAUUAACCUAGUGUGACUUUGCCUCCUUUGUGCUUGUCAUCUAAGGUGUUGCAUAUUAAACCUUGAAACACUCAGAUCUUGCUGUUGCAUGAUCUUGAUGCCUAUUUACCAGAAGCUGAAACAAUUGCCAAAAAGUUUUCCAUAUUGAGUCCGGUAUGAAGGCGAGGCGGUGAUCAGGUUUUCACAUAAAAAAAUAAAUGAAAAAUGUAAGUACAAAAACUUUUGGUAGUUCAGACUUAAUUUUCUUGAAAUUCCAAAAAUUAUUGACUAUGUGAGGUUUCAAGUAUUGUUCACUACCUGGCACCCAUGUCCAGGUUCAUAUGAACCAGCUUGGAAAAAUUUGAGAUAGUUUUGACGAUUGUUGAGUGAUUCAUGAAGUCUGUCCAAGAUAUUGAUCAGCCAACACAUACCCACAGCUUCAGUGGUUGCGAGGGGUGUUUUCAGUUUGUUAUCUGCUCGUACCUUGCAUAUACAGUACAGUACAGUAUCUAGCUUGUAUGUCCAGUCUUUUGUUUGCAAAUUUUUUGUUUUAUUCUUUGGGUGAUCAGUGUCAGGCUAUAAUGAUUAUGCGAAUAUAUGUUUUACAUUACAAAAGUAUUUUAAGACACGCAUAAACACACUACAGACGUUAUAUCAAAACAUUCCUUUCUUUAUUUUCUGGUCAUUUCUAUUUCAUACAAGACACAGGUGUUAUAUAUCCACUGCUCUCCCACUUGUGUGUAGAUGACUGGCCGGGGUUAUCAAUAUGCUCUAUUCCACCAUCACUAAUAUCACUUUCUCAGUCCCACCAAUUGUGGCCAGUUACCAUCAUCAGAAACUCAAGUUAACUGAAGAGAUUUUGGUCAAUUAUUCCUUUAUAUUGGGGAUCUGGUGAUAUCCCUCGAGUGUCACAUUGUUGUACUGUACAGUACUGUCCGCUCUGACGGCUCAAUCAAAGCUGACCAGCAGACGUGCACAAUAUAAGAAUAAGUAUGUGGCAAGGUUGUGUGGAUGGUAAUUGAAUCAGUAUAUAGCUUUGUUUAGUGGCUGGUGCAAAUGAGUUUAUAAAAAAUUUUGGCUGUACAAAGGACCAGCCACAGUAAAUGGAAUUUUUUUGUCUAUAUAUGGGCCAGCCACAGUGAAAAUGUUUACUGUACUGAAACUGUUUACAAAAUGUUGAAUAAAAAGAUGAAUUUUUUCACACAAAAUGUGGUCCAAGUUAUCAAGGUUGUACUGUCAUGGUGUAGGAGUCAGAGGGGUGUUACAGGAUGGCGAGUCACUGGUUCUCUCUCAGGUCUCACACAACACAAUCUUAAUAGUAAAUUGCCAAGAAUUACCCAUUCCUGUCUUUCUUGAUAACUCUUCCUUAUUAUCAUUUCAUGUAUUGAGGCAACAUUAUUUUGCAGUACAAGUAGAGUACAAUCACUAAACUUAUGUAAUUGGUAAACCAACACAAGGAUUUCUGACAUAUUUUGGCGAAUAUUUGGGGUCUGAUUGUGUGAUGACAUGUAAUUUUUUUGUCUCCAGUCAAGAGAUUGAGGUUGUGUCAAUAUCUUGUAAUAUGAAAGAAAUCAUUGUGGUUAUAGUUUGAAAUAAUUUGUGUUUUAGGGUUUCAAAGCAUGAACUGGCUCUUAGAGAAUCUUAAUUAUUGCAUUUAUUAACCUAUUAGUCUGUUUGAACUUUUUAAUAGAUGGUGUGAAAAUUGUUUGAGUGUAUGUGAUGGUGUGAUUGAAUUUUUGCACAUAAGAGGUUUUAAUUCAUCUUAGAGGUUUGUUUCUAUAUUAAACACUGUAUAUUGUGUCAGUAGAAAUGUUAUGCUUUGUAGUCAAUAUAUUUUGAUCCCAGCA